CCCACAGCCCACUGUUGAAGUUAAAUCUCGUCCACCAGUUGUUGGAAGAAGUUUGCUUGAAUCAUGGUUUUCGAUAUCAAGAAUAAAAUUGCUUUAAUUACCGGGGGUGCAGCUGGAAUUGGCUUGGCUUACGCCAAAGAACUUCUCCGAAACGGUGUUAAGGCUGUCACAAUUGCCGAUGUCGACGCAUCCAAAGGCGAACAAGCGGCCAAAAACCUUAACGCCGAAUUCGGUGGUAAUAAAGUGAUUUUUGUGCAAACCGACGUAACUAAAGCAGACCAGUUAGAAGCUGCAUUCAAAACCACUAUAAGCACUUGGAAAAGCCUUGAUAUUGUUAUAAACAAUGCUGGGAUUAUGAAUGAUGCCAAUUGGGAGCUCCAGAUUGCAAUCAACUGCAACCACGUGGUGCGUGGCAGCCUCCUCGCCAUCCAGUACAUGGGUAAAAACCAUGGCGGCAAAGGAGGCGUCGUCGUCAACAUCGCCUCAAUUUUGGGCUUGCAAGAGCUCGCCGGAUGUCCCAUUUACGUGGGCACGAAACACUUCGUCGUUGGUCUCGACCGUUCUUUCGGCACCCCAUUUUUCCACAAUCUCACUGGUAUACAAUUCUUGACCAUGUGCCCGGGAGUUACAGACACUCCUUUGAUUUCCGAAGCUGGCAAAGUUGCACUACAAGGAAUGGGAAACAUUGCCAAGGAACUUGUUGAAGGACUUGGAUCAUUGCCAAAACAAGCACCCGAAAAUGUGGCCAAAGGAAUGAUUACUUUAAUCACGAAAGGCGAAAAUGGAAGUGUGUGGGUGGCUGAGGGUGGGGAACCCAUUUAUGAAGUGAAAAUCCCUCAAAGACAAACUCUGAGAAAAUAAAGAAAGUGGAGUCGAGAAGAGAAUCUAUAUAAAAGUGCACACCUACAUGUAUAUCUUGCGUUGUAUGCAAUUGAUCUGUAUUUGUAUUUGUUGUUCGUAAAUUUCAUUCAUAAUAAAUAUUUACCACUAAAA